AUGUCGUCUGCAGAAGAAGGUUCCUCGUCCGAGCGGCCAUCUGGUCUGGCUCCCGCUCUCAACCUAUCCUCGACACCAACUCAGCAAUCAUCGGCAUCUGCGACAACUGCUGCCCCUUCCAAAGACGAGGCCGGCGUCCACCGCAAACAAGCCGAACAUCACAGCAGCAGACCAUCCAGCAUCAUGGCGCCCUCGGUCCAGUUCGACGAGCAAAGUCUGCAAGCUACGCCGUCAGCAGCUCAGAGGAGAGGCGACAAUGCAUCUCUGCCCUCUUCGCCAGCGUUCGGCACCCAUCUCCAGAACGGAUCUCCUGCUGCCGGAAGCAAAGCAUCGCUACCUCACCAAAAAGAGGCGCCGAGAGGUGCUGGUGCGAACCAAGCGCGUGGGAGUCAGAGUCAUUAUAGAAUCUCCAGCCGUGCUUCUGCGGCAGGCAGCUCUGUCAACAACACGGCAGGAGGUAGUAGCGGCGGCACAUGGUCCAGAAGGAGCAGAGCCAACCCUACGAUUGUCACCGUUCCUGUCUGGGCUCGUGAUGAAUCUCCAAGUCCGCCGCACUCGCCUGUUGCUAGUCCGCAAGCUCACAGCGUCCCCAGAUCGCUGCGUGACGUGGACAACCUCCAACUUCCAGCCGCCGAGAUGCGUGCCGAGGAUCGCGGCGAGCGAGGAGCCUCUUCGGAGCAGAUUUCUUCUGAAGCGCCUCAGGACCAAGCGCAGAUCCUUGGCAAGACUGGCCCAGCCUUUGAUCGCGCUCUCUCCCCCGAAGCGGCCGAGAAGGCAGAAGCCCAAGAGGCGCAGAGCACAUCACCCGAUCGGUGGUGGACUUUCACACUGCCUCAGAAGUACCGUUCGCGCCUGCACGAGCACCACCUCCGCAUGGCGUUUCAGAGUGAACGAAUGCAAUCCGAGUCGCAAGAGAACACCAGAUCAACCAAAAGGCCGAGUCGCAGUCGAAGGGACGGAUCGAACAGCAGGAAGCAGCAGCAGCAGCAGCAGCGUCAAAAUUCAAACUCGGACUCAGGGCGCUCGGAUGCAAGCAGCAACAGUGACAGCAGCGACAUUGAGAUGCAGGAACGCACAAGCAGAGCGCGUGGCGAAUCGCAUCACGGCUACGGGUUGGGUGCUGGCGUGUGGAACGGCGUGGCUGCGGGUCUAGGUGCGAGCGGGCUGCUCAACAACAACAAGCCACAUGGCGCUUCUCGGUCGACCAAAGUGACACCUGCUAAUGGACUCGGUAACGGCAAUGCAGACCAGCAACGUCAGGCGUCUCCAUCACCGGGCGGCACGUCAACGACUCGAGCUGAUGACCGGGAUCUCGAAAAGCAGCACAAACAAGACCACGAGCAAGAAUACCCGACCAUGUCGUUCAAAGCGCGAGUCGAGCAUCCGGACGUCUUCACUGUACAUCAGCCCGCUACGCCGGGCUGGGCGUCGCCUUGGAAGCCCGAAGCGCGUGGACACGGCGGACUGCAUGGUACGGGCUACUUCACACGCACUGAUUCAGGACGUACGGUGGGAUCUCAGGAUGGCCGUAGAAGCGGCUGGUACGAGGCGUGGAAGCACUUCUUGAUCCAUAAUCCGUUCGUUCCUCUCCUCUUCCGCACGAUCAACAUCGCCUUCACCUCGGCCACGCUCGCUGUGGCGAUCAGGCUGCUCGUUAUCCUUCGCCAAGAAGACGCUAAUGAUGCGGUGGGCGCGUCGCCGCUGGUGGCCAUCAUCUAUGCUCCACUUAGUCUGUUGCAUGUCGGCUUCCAGAUCUGGCUCGAGUACUUUGGACGGCCCAUCGGACUGUGGACGGUGCAGUCGAAGCUGUCGUACACGGUGGUGGAGCUGGUUUUCAUCUGCCUUUGGUCGUCGGAGCUGUCGUUGACGUUUGACAAUUACUUCACGUCGACGCUCGUCUGCGUCAACUAUGGCAGUCCGUACGUGGGGCCGCGCGAGCCGCCGUCGAAUCGACCGAGUCCACUGAAUGACCCGAGUCGCAAGCCGUACAUCUGCAGACUGCAGGGCUCGCUCAUCGGACUUGUGUUUGUGAGUCUGCUGGCGUACUUGAUCGUGCUCACCGUGUCGCUGUUCCGCAUCUUCGUCAGAGUCACUGGUGGAGGUAGACGAUGA